AUGGAAAUCACAACUCGAAGUGGGCAACUACUUCAAGGAGAGAAUGAACAAGUGGUUGAAGUGAAAGAUUCUGAACAAGAAGUCGAGGCACAAGUUGAGGUGCCAAAUGUUGUUGAAGUUGAAAGACUCCCGAAGAAGCAAUUAUCAGCGAACAUUUUAUUUGUGGAAGCAUUUCAAGAGAUGCCGGGUUUUGCUAAGUACUUGAAGGACUUUAUCUCUAAAAAGAAAACCACCAAGAAUGAAGUGGUGAAUGUGACUCACCGGGUUAGUUCCAUUAUUGCAACAACCACUGUCCAAAAGACAGAGGACCCGGGAGCCUUCACCAUUCUAUGCACUAUUGGAUUGCGUGACUUUGCACGAGCCCUUUGUGAUAAUGGGGCUAGCAUCAACUUAAUGCCCCUUGCUAUUUACAAUAAAGUGGGAUUGUGUAUGACUAGGCCUACAAGUAUGAGGUUGCAAAUGGCCGACCGUUCAAUAAAGCGACUGGUGGGAAUAGUUGAUGAUAUACUUAUGAAAGUGGGGAAGUUUCUCCUCCCUGCUUACUUUGUUAUUCUCGAUUGUGAUGUUGUUAAAGAGAUCCCUAUCAUCUUGGGGAGAUCUUUCCUUGCUACCGGGAGGGCACUGAUGGACUUGGAACGAAAUGAGAAUAAGUUUCGAGUUAAUGACGAAGAAGUUACCUUUCAAGCAAGUAAGGGUAUAAAAUUGCCACAUGCAUACGAGAGUAUCUUAGUCAUUGGUAUUGUUUAUGAGGUACAAGAUGCAGUCGAGGUGAAGAUGGAAGAGGAAUGCCUUGGUGAGGCAUUGGCGGCUAUUUUGGAAAAAUUUGAUGGUGAGGACAUGGAAGGAUACAUGGAAUUAUUGAAUGCAUUGGAAGGUCUUGGGUCCUACAUUUAUGCACCAAAGAAGCUUUCUCUUGACUUAGAGAACAGAGUUACUCCUCCCGCUAAGCCUUCAAUUAUCGAGCCGCCACAACUUGAGCUCAAGCCACUUCCACCGCACUUAAGGUUGAAAACUUAUUGGAUACCUUGA